AUGGCGCACGUGGCGGCCGCGGCGCGCCUCGCACGCAGCGCCUGCCUCGCCGCGCACGCUGGCGAGCGGUGGAACUGCUCCUCCAUAGAGCUGGCGCCAAAGUUUACGCCUGAUUUACUCACAGGCACCCGCGAGCAGGCGUACGUAUACGCGAUGUCAGCAGCGACACUGGUGUGGUCGGUAGCACGAGCGUGCGCAGCCGGCGCGCUCCCAGCAUGUUCGUGCGCCGCGCCGCCGCGUGCACCGCCUCGCCCCCCGCGCCAGGCGCAAGCGCCCGAACCGCACGCGCGAUUCAAGUGGGGCGGAUGCGGUGACAAUUUUCAGUGGGCUGAGAGAUUCGCAAAACAAUUCCUGGAUGCGCACGAGAUAGACGUCCGAGAUGGCAAGAUAGAAGACUUUUUCGACCUCGAGAUUACGACAAUCGAAACGACACCGACAACGACCCCAGAAAUCACUACAUCGCCUCCCGUGGUGAUCCUAGUGGAUGACCAGCCGGCGCCUGCUAACUUCACCGCAGCGCCGCGGCCUGGGAGAAAAGGGAGGAAAGGGCGCAAACGGCUGCCGAGGUCCCCUCGACGGGGCAGGCCGACACGGAAACGGUUCAGAUCAAGAUCAAGAUACGAGUACGAAGACAGAGGCUCCCGCUACCGCAACAUCGAGUACCGCAUGGCGGCCGACGACCCGCGCUUCGACCCGCAGGUGGACCUGCGCACGCGCCUCGAGCGCCUGCGCCCGCUCAUCGCCUCCGCUAACUUGCUCAACGCACGCUUCGGCAGAAAGGCGGUGUCAACGGGCAUGCGCACCAAAUGCACGUGUCACGGGGUAUCAGGCUCGUGCUCUGUCCGCACGUGUUGGCGCUCCCUACCGCCACUCGGCCGCGUGGGCGCCGCCCUAGCAGCUGAUGCCGCGCGCGCCGGCCCGCUGCGCCCGCGCCGUCAUACUCCACGCCGGGCCAAGCCCAAGCUCAGAUAUGUGACGCCCAGCCCUGAUUACUGCGAGCCUGAUGUUGCAGCCGGCUCCCUUGGAACUCACGGAAGACAAUGCAACGCGAGCCUGGGCAGCGCGCCGGGCGGCUGCGGGCGGCUGUGCUGCGGGCGCGGGCGGCGCGCCGUGCGCUCGUCCCGCCUGGAGCGCUGCCACUGCCGCUACCACUGGUGCUGCCGCGUCGACUGCCAGCUUUGCCGCCUCACCACCGAGGAACACUACUGCAAUUAAUCUGCCAUUCGAACAAUAAUAUCAGACUGUAACAACCACUUGCAGAACAACACCAUUGUUGUAUUGUCAACUGGAGAUCAGACUAUACCUACUUAUUACAAACUAUAAGAUGCCACAACGCUACCACUGGUGCUGCCGCGUCGACUGCCAGCUCCGCCGCCUCACCACCGAGUAACACUACUGCAACUGAACUAAAACUCCAACAUAAUCGACAGCACAAAAGACUAGACCCUUUGUUGCAAAAUAGCACUUAACGAAAAUCGACAACCGCUAUUAACAGCUUUGCUGCCUGACCACCUAGGAACAACUACUGCCGCGUUGACUACCAGCUAGUUAUGCCUAAUUGAACAACCAGUAGCAGAACAAUGAAUAACAAUAAUAACAACAAAUAACAAACAACCGACAUACAGAUUGAGAGACUGAACUAAUCGCACAACAGGGGAUAACACUAUUAAAAUCAACAGGAAAUAAUGACUAUGCAUAACAGCUCUGCCGAUACCACUAAGUAUAAUAAAGUCGGUCCAUUAUGUCCUCCGAGACCUAACCGGUCAAAAUAUGAUGUUAAAGAUCUUUGUGUAGAUCUGUGUCAAUACUUAGAGAAAUAUUAGAACUAGAAUAUGUCUUUAUUGGUCUUGUUAUAAUAAAACGAAGCUAAUAAUAUCAAUUUUAAUCUCAUUUAAAUUCAUGCAACCUACAUGAUAUAAAUAUAUGAGUGAGUAGGUAAAUAAAUUAUUACACUAACCGUUGAUGACUAACUUUCUUGUACUUGUAUUACUUUGGUAAUUUUUGCUACAUUUUCGUGCGGUAUAAUUGAAACUGUUUCAUUCGAUUACUUUUCUAAAAGCUAACAGAUUUGUGACCAAAGACUAUUUACACCAAAAUAAUAUUUUUAUAGCUAUGACAACUAGUCAUUUUAAUUUAUUUAUCAUUGCCAUGUAUAAAUCAUUCAAAUAAAUAUAAUUAGGUACAUAAAAUAAGUGAGUAAUAGAUGUAGUAGUAUUAGGAGUUUUAGAAAACUUAUAAUGAUACAUAACUAUUUAACAUCUUUCUCUUGCAGUCUUUUUAGUCUGCCUAUUUAUUUGUUUCUAUUUAUUUGAAGACUGUUAAUUUUAAACAUAUCGGAAACGUAAUACUUUAAAUGUAAUCGAUUUCAUAACUAUUAUCACGACAAUAAACGGUUAUAAUUAAGUUUAUGUUAGUUCGGCACUAUAGGCGCUAUAAAUAUGGCUUCGCACAAAUAGAAUAAGUUUUGAUGUCUGACAAAAACUCUGCUUUCAGUAUGUAAAUAUUUGCAAUAUUUCUUUUUUAAGUUGGAACAAUGAAAUAAGUUGAAGUUAAAUUAUAAAAUAAUUCCAACAAUCACAAAAUUUUGUGAAAAUUGCGUUUCUCCUAAUUACUUAAUUUAUGUUAAUAAUGUUAACUUUGAAAAGUCAGAAAUGUUUUAAUGUGUAGGAUACACGCUUAACUUUUUUGGAUAAACGGUUUUUCGAAGUAAACUUUAUGUUAAAUGUAAAAGACAUUCGCAUUUCUCAUACAUACCAUAAGCAUUCAUGAAAAAUACUGAACUUGAAGAUAAUUUAAUCUUGUGACUUGUGUACGUAUUAAAACCUAUUUAGUCCAGUCAUUUAAGCUUAAAUUAGGUAAGAAUCUCGGAAUUCGAGAUACCCAGCUGUAAGUCUGUAAAUACUUGUAUAUUGACACCCUAAAAGUUGUCUCAAAACCUACAUAUGGUAGGGUGUAAGCAACUAUUAAAUUUUAAGGUCAAAGGUCACAAAAAUCGGUUUUUUGCGCUUUUUUUGGAAAUAUCUCAUUUCCUAUGGGUUUUUUGCUAUUUGUAUUUAUUAUCAAUAUUGUAGAAUACAAAAUUCUCUACAAAUUUUGUUCAAAAAAAUUUUUUAUACGGUGAACCGUUUUCGAGAUAGAGGGCGGCCGCUAGUACUUAUAAUAAAUCUGUAGAGGUCAAUUCUGUACAUGAAAUAUAUUUUCAAAAUACCUAUCAGGGGGUGAUUAGUGAUCGAUACUGAUGCCAAAAAUGCAAUCAGUAAAAUUUUUGUCUGUCUGUCUGUCCGUCUGUAUGUUCCUUAUAGAAACAAAAACUACUAGACGGAUUUUAACGAAACUUGGUACAAUUAUUCUUCAUACUCCUGGGCAGGUUAUAGUAUACUUAGGAAUUCCCACGGGAACAGGAAUUAGCGGGAAAAUCCUUUUGUAAGAAAAAUCUAAACGCUUAACGGAAGUUAGACGCUUGAAAUUUGGCCUUAGUAAACUUAAAGCUUAGUUACAACAAGGAAUUCCCGAAAUUCCCACGGGAAUUAGCGGGAAAAUCCUUUUGUAUGAAAAAUCUAAACCGCUUAAGUUGACCUGGAAGUGAUGCAGUGACCGCGCGCUCUCCGCCCUCUAUCUCGAAAACGGUUCACCGUAUAAAAAAAAUUUUUAAACAAAAUUUGUAGAGAAUUUAGUAUUCUACAAUAUUGAUAAUAAAUACAAAUAGCAAAAAACCCAUAGGAAAUGAGAUAUUUCUAAAAAAAGCGCAAAAAACCGAUUUUUGUGACCGUUGACCUUGAAAUUUAAUAGUUGCUUACACCCUACCAUAUGUAGGUUUUGAGACAACUUUUAGGGUGUCAAUAUACACGUAUUUACAGACUUACAGCUGGGUAUCUCGAAUUCCGAGGUGAACUUACUAUAAUGACUGGACUAAUUAGCUUAUUCAUUUGGUCCGACUUAACGUAAAUGUAAUGUUUAUUAGUAUUAUAGAAAACCAGUUUCAAUGUUAUGAAAGAUUAAUAAAAAAACAUGUAAGAAGUAAUUUAUUAAAACUUUCAUUAUUGUAAAUAAAAUUGGUACUUAGAAUUAGCAGUUUAAUUAAAAAACCAAAAAAUAUUGUAUGUUAUUUAUUUACAGGAAAACCGCCUCGAAGGCCUAGUACAAAAAUGGCAUUGCAAUGCAGUUAUAAAACUUUUUUGGAACAAUCAAAAUGUGUUUUCCGAAUAUUAUUUCUACAAGUUACAAUUUGUUCAAUAAUAUUGAAGUUUAUUUUAAUAACUUUAUUUGAUAUAAUAAGAAUGUACUACAGAAGUGAGAGAUCACAUACGAUUAUAAAGAUACAUCGGGGAAUAUGUAUCAAAGUUUUUAAAAUUUUAAAUAAAAAAAUAAAUUCAGUGUGUCUAGAUUUUAAACAGUACCGUAAGAAUCAACAUUGCUUACUAGCUACUAAAUCACAUCAUUUUUCUCUUAGCUUAUUCACUAUUUGUUAAAGAUGG